UGGGUGCUUCUCUGUUUUACCGAUAUGCCAACUGACCUUGCUCCUUCCAAGAUGCCGCCUCGCAAUAGGCUUGCCAGACUUCGACCGCUUGCUCUCACUCAUUCUGUAUCAGACGUAGUAUCUCAGUGAUUAGGGCUUUGCGGCUGUUCCAGUAUAAUUCAUAAAAUAUCAUUUUUGAAUAUUGUCAAAUCGAUAGCGGCACCCUGGACUAUAACGCAAUCGUCCUAUUUUCUUUGUUCUGUGCGUUUUUCUUUUAUGGGUUGGCAACAUCGUUUUGACAUAAUGUCUGACAUUUGAGAGGUUAAGGGGGGCUUACGGGGGUGUUUUCAUGUGUCAAAACAUAAAUAUUUUUUUGGAGAAUCAUGAAUAAAACUACAAAAUGUACAUUAAAUGCUUGUUUUAUAUUAUGUAUCCUUAGUAUAGGAUAUGGAGAAAGAACUAAAGAUAAAAUGUAUGAAAGAAUCACAGGGGCUAGAGGGUGUUAUAGACGAUUGAAUGCUACACACCAGAUUGGUUGUUCCUCGGAGCGAGAUGGGUCAACAGGUGUAAUUUUCUAUGCAGAAACAACAGAAAAACUAGAUUUUAUACUACACAACGGUACUGCUCCACCGUACAUUCCUGUAAUGCCUGUGAAAAUACUAACUGCAGACGUAAUUAGGAAACUCAUAGACAGUGGAAUAGUUUCAGGUUUAGUUGUCCAUGCGAAUAAUGAUACUUUAGAUUACUUUACACAUGAUUACCAGUGUCCAAAUCCACUAUCUAGUCUAGAUGGGACCUGUAAGAGGGAAUCCCUUUGGAACCCUCAUGGUACAGCACUUUUAUUUACUGAUAUACCGUUCCCGAUAUUUUAUUUAGAAGAAGAGGAGGAAGUAUGGAAAAUCAGAGAUUGUUUCAAAAAAUUCAAUGAUUUUGAUUAUGACGCUCAAGCAGACAGGCCUUUAUGCUCUUUGGAGCUAAAGUCUUUUAUGUAUGCAACUACUGACACACCUACUUGCAAGAGGCGUUCGAGUAUUAUGACAAAUUUGAACCCAGUGAAGUUUUGCGAUCCGUUAGGUGACAGCAACAUUUGGUCAAGCCUGUAUCCACUUGUAGAAGGCUCCAGAAAUGAAACAGUGCCUCUCAGAAAUCAUAAAUACAUCGUUAUAUCGGCUCGAAUGGACACAACGUCGAUGUUCGAAAAAACUGCUGGCGGAAAUAGCCCUGUAACGGGAAUAGUGACACUGCUCACACUAGCGAAAUAUCUUAAAGGAAUUUUGACACAGGAUGACAUAAAUAGAGCAAAGUUAAACAUUUUGUUCAUACUGUUCAAUGGCGAAACGUAUGACUACAUAGGUUCACAAAGAUUGUUGUACGACAUGCUAAAUGGUUAUUUUCCCGUGAAGGGACUGCACGAAACCAACGAUAUUCUGCCAAUCAUUCGACCAGAUGAUAUCAAGUUGUUUAUAGAACUGAGCCAGCUAGGCAACAACAUGGACAAACUUUAUGUACAUUAUUUGCAAAAUAGCACACAGAUUGACAGCUUUUACUCAAAACUACGUAACUACUCGGAAAAAAUAAAAGACGUACCCAGCAGUAUGCCGCCGGCAUCAUUGCACACAUUCAUGAAGAAGUUACCGUCAUUUCCAGGUUUAGUAAUAUCGGAUCACGAAACCAGCUACACGAACCACUUCUAUAACUCCAUUUUCGAUGACGCAGUCAAUAUCGGAUUCACGUAUGAUCCUAACGCAACCGAACAGAAUAGUUUACAAUAUUUCAUCGCGAACGUAUCGGAAGUCAUAGGGAACAGUGUCUAUGAGACGAUAACCGGGAAACACUAUUCAGGAAAAUAUACAGCGGACGUUGUUUUGGUAAACGAGCUGUUCCAGUGCUAUCUGGAAGAUCCAAACUGCAAAGUACAUAGAGCUACUCAGAAAGGGAAACUUCCAAAAGUGCCGUUAAGCCUCUACGUUGGUGUAGACCAUGUGGCAAAUUAUGCCACCACUUUAACGUCGUUAACCUUGGGUUGGUUGACAGCAGAUGAUGCAGGCGAAUCCAACAUCAACUGUACGAAUAAUCCCAGAAACUACGCAUUCAAGUAUUACAACAUGUCGAAAAGCAUUCAGGAACUGAAUGUUACAAGAUGCUAUAAAAUUACUAUGAACACUACGGACGCUAUAAGUCCAGCUUUCAUCAUACCAGAUUACAACUGGACUUCCGGACAAUACAGCACCUGGACGGAAUCCACGUGGACGGAAAUGAACGUGAGGAUAUUUCUCAAACCGUCAUCGGCCCACGAGAAAAUGACUAUAGCAAUAGGAUCGUUAUCUGUGAUCUUCUCGUUCAUAUUCGUUUAUUUCGUAAAGUCAAGAUCUCACAUUCUUUUCACGCCACCGCUGCCAACCGAGGCUCCAACGGACUGUUAGUGACUUUUUUCGGUGGCGAGGUUGGUAGUAGAUUUUUCAAAAAGUAUUUCCUAGCCGUUUGUAGAUAACCCUUUAUUAAUUUAUUCGUUAGAUGUAAAAAUAUAAGUAUUUUUUAUCUGAUACGAUGUGAAAUGAUGAUGAUAAGUCGGUGAAUGGAAUUGGUUUGAGAUUUUAAUAGUAUCAAGGUUCGAAUUCAAAAAGUUACUGCUUUAGACAUUUUUUUUUUUUUUAAGUUGAGAGGCGUUAUAUUAUUUAGACUUAUUGCAUCCUUUUUAAAAGAAACGAUAUUUAAACUAAAUACAUGGUGGUCCGUAGUGGAUGCUCAAAAUGAAGUCCUGGAUUAAACUCGUGAAAAUAAGGCGGGGUCACGUUCCCCCUGGAUUCGCCCUUGAUUGAGAAUUUUGCGCCCCUCAUGUGGUUUAUUUUAGCAGCAAGAUAAGUUUCAAAUGACACAUUAAACACGAUUAUAUUAUAUUUUCCAGCAUAGUAUUGUUCUUGACUAUAAAUGAAUGUGGUGCUUUUUUAGUAAAAAUGGUACUCUAGGCUGGCUAGGCAUCCCACUGUGUUAUGGUAGUUUCCGCUUGCUCUCCGGUUCUUAGAAUUGAAUAAUAAACUGCUGAUGCAUGAAGGUGUUAGGUAUGUCGUGGUAUGUCACUCUCCGGUCUUCGUCAAGCGUCAAGUUCUUAGCCUACAAAAGAGGAACGGAAAUUUUGUAAAAGUAGUGAUUUAUUUCUCAAAAUAGUCUCCUUUUAACUCGAUACAUAGCGAUGCUCCAAUUUAUUUAGCCAGAUAAGUGCAAGAUGUGUAAAUAGGGUCAACGGUGGCCUAGUCGCCAGGUUUUGUCUUCCCAGCACUACGAGGGUGGUCCCAGAAGUACCCGACCCAACGAAGAAAACAAAUGUAUUUAUUUUUCAACAUAAUCUCCUUUGGGCUCUAUACACUUUUCCCAGCGAUGUUCAAUAGGUUCGAUACCCUUUUUAUAAUAAGAACUGCCUUGCUCCUCAAAAUAGCCAUUAACUGCCGACAUCACUUCUUCAUCGUUGGAAAAUCUUUGACCACUGAGCCAUUUUUUCAAGUUUGGAAACAGAAAAUAAUCCGAGGGGGCUAAAUCUGGUGAAUAGGGUGCAUGAGGUAGCAAUUCAAACUUUAAUUCGUUGAUUUUGGCCAUUGCAAUAACGGAUUUGUGAGCUGAUGCAUUGUUUUGAUGAAAUAACACUUCCUUCUUAACCAAAUGCGGCCGUUUUUGCUUGAUUUCAUCGCUCAAACGUUGCAAUAAGUUCGCAUAAUACUCGCCGUUGAUAGUUUUACCUUUUUCAAGAUAGUCAAUGAAAAUCAUCCCACGCGCAUCCCAAAAAACCGACGCCAAAAUCUUGCCUGCAGAUGAAACGGUCUUCGCCUUCUUUGGAGCCGGUUGUUCUUUUUGAGUCCAUUGCUUUGAUUGUUCUUGAGUCUCGGGUAUGAAGUGAUGGAGCCAUGUUUCAUCCAUGGUUAUGAAACGACGCAAGAGUUCUGCUUUGUUGCUGUGAAACUUCGCUAAACACUCAAUCGAAACAUCUUCACGAAACUGUUUUUGCUCGAUUAUGAGCAAUCGCGGCACCCGUCUUGCACACAGCUUUCUCAUGUCAAAAUUUUCAGAUAAUAUGCGAUGAACCGCACUUUUUGAAAUGCCUACUAUGUCUGCUAGCUCGCGCACUUUCGGUCGAUGAUCAUUCAGUACCGCUUUGUGAAUUUUCUUCACCAUUUCUGGAGUCGUCACCUCAUUUGAUCGAAAACUGCGAUGCUCGUCUUGGCAGCUCAUACUGCCUCGUUUUAACUCUGCUACCCAAUACUUUACUGUUGUAAACGAAGGAGCAGACUCACCCAGAGUAGAAUCCAGUUCUGCUUUUAUAUUGGUUGGGCUGAGGACUUUGAAAUAAAAGUAUUGUACCACAUAACGAUUACCAAUUUUCUCCAUUUUCGCAAAUUCACUGAAAACGUUCAGUACUGAUGGCUGCCAAACAAAUACUUCAAACUUGACACAUAUGCUUUACAGUUUGUAUACUUUCUAAUACAAUAUUUUGCAAACAACUAUCGCCAUCUCUAGGUCAGGCCGGGUACUUCUGGGACCACCCCCGUAUCUACUACUACAUGAUUUCCAGUGUUUAUGUCGAUAUAGCAAAAAAGACUUGAGAUAUGUGUAGUAUGAAUUACAUUUCACCACAAGAUACAUACUGAAAUUUUACUAAGGCAUAUUUGUCUAAAUGCAAGAGUUUGAAAUAUGAUUUUUUAUGCAUCCAUUACAGACUACUCAGUAUACAGCUUAUACACUACUUUUUUUUUACUAAACAAGUGAUUAAUUGAUGAAAACGAUCUCUUGAUAACAGUUGCAAACUUAUUGAACAAAAAUUAUACAUAUAGGCAUUUUUAAUAAGACUGUUUUAAAAUAAAUGAUGAACA